AAAGAUAAUUCACUGAUCUGGAACUGGUUGCCCAAGCCCUGAUAAAUGAGUGAAAACAAGAGUAGAAGUAUCAGAAAGGAGUUGCUUUAUUCUUGAGGUGAGAGUAAGAGAGUCUGGAGGCACAUCAGUUAAAGUGCUUGGAAUAUCGACUUGCUUUUGCAGAGUUGGGGCUGUGUGUACAAAGUUAUUAAAGCAGGGGAGUAGAAGUUUGAGAGAAGAUAUUCAUCGAAAAGAUAUUCAUAUAAACUUGCAUAUCCAGUAACAGGAACAAUCUUGGCAACAUGGCCAAUGCCCUGGCCAACGCCACCUGUGAGCGCUGCAAGGGGGGGUUUGCACCUGCCGAGAAGAUCGUGAACAGUAACGGGGAGCUGUACCACGAGCAGUGCUUCGUGUGUGCUCAGUGCUUCCAGCAGUUCCCGGAGGGACUCUUCUAUGAGUUUGAAGGAAGGAAGUACUGUGAACAUGACUUUCAGAUGCUCUUUGCUCCUUGCUGUCAUCAGUGCGGUGAAUUCAUCAUUGGCCGAGUGAUCAAAGCCAUGAAUAACAGCUGGCAUCCUGAGUGCUUCCGCUGUGACCUCUGCGAGGAAGUUCUGGCAGAUAUUGGCUUUGUCAAGAAUGCUGGGAGACACCUGUGUCGUCCCUGUCAUAAUCGUGAGAAAGCCAGAGGCCUCGGAAAAUACAUCUGCCAGAAGUGCCAUGCCAUCAUCGAUGAGCAGCCGCUGAUAUUCAAGAAUGACCCGUAUCAUCCAGACCAUUUCAACUGUGCCAACUGCGGGAAGGAGCUGACUGCUGAUGCCCGCGAGCUGAAAGGGGAGCUGUACUGCCUGCCAUGCCAUGAUAAGAUGGGGGUCCCCAUCUGUGGAGCUUGUCGGCGGCCCAUCGAAGGGCGCGUGGUGAAUGCCAUGGGCAAGCAGUGGCAUGUGGAGCAUUUUGUCUGUGCCAAGUGUGAAAAGCCAUUUCUUGGACAUCGCCAUUAUGAAAGGAAGGGCCUGGCGUAUUGUGAAACCCACUAUAACCAGCUAUUUGGUGAUGUUUGUUUCCAUUGCAACCGUGUUAUAGAAGGUGAUGUGGUCUCUGCUCUUAAUAAGGCCUGGUGUGUGAACUGUUUUGCCUGUUCUACCUGCAACACUAAAUUAACACUGAAGAAUAAAUUUGUGGAGUUUGACAUGAAGCCAGUCUGUAAGAAGUGCUAUGAGAAAUUUCCAUUGGAGCUGAAGAAAAGACUUAAGAAACUAGCUGAGACCUUAGGAAGGAAAUAACUUCCUUUAUUUGUGUAUUCUCUUCUAUGCAAAGAAAAGAGAUUAUCAACAUUACUUGACUUGAUCCACACUAUUUAAAGCUGUAUCUUAAAAUUGUUGAGAGUGAAGAGGGCCUGUACAAAUGGUUUUCUUAGUCUCCUUCUUAUUAAAAAAGAAAAAAAGCUUGUGUAAUCAAUUUAAAACACACAUGAAAUCAAGAUUUGCUUUUGUUAAUAACCCUUAUCAAUUUGUCAAAAUGUAGAUUGUACUUAACCGCAAAAAAACACACAAGGUUUAGAUGUUAGAUUUUAAUUAAGGUCCAAAAAAAUUAAUUUAACUUUUAAAAAUGAAAGUGAGGAAUCAGCUUUCACAUGACUCAGAUAAAAAUUUACUUUGUAUUUGAAAGAAAAAUAAUUCCAACUGCUGUUGGGGAGGAUAGAAGGAAGAAAAAUAACCAGCCAAGAAAAACAAAUCUUAAAGAAUCUGAGUAUGUUUAUCAGACUAAUAGCUAGUAGCUAUAAAAUGAAAUAUACAUAUUACUAAGACAAAAAAACAAGUACAUUUAGAACUACUUGAUUUCAUUUUUUUGUUAAAUGCAAUAAUUAUGCUUAGUUUUGUAUUUUGUUUUCCUUGUGAACUUCUUCCUUAGUACAAUUACUUAACCCAGUAGUUUUAGCUCGCUAAUAGUAUGCCUUUUUAAAUUUUGUGCAAAAAAAUUUAUACUAGGUAUUUGAAAAUUCAGUAUACUUUACAAUAUUGGAAAAAAUGAAGUAUUUUUUAACAUAUUACAACAAUUCUGCUUCUAAGCUUAAGGUCAAAGAUGUAGUCUUAGAAUAGGACCCGAAAUUAAAUUUUAUGUAGCUUGGAAUGUAUGACUUAAAACAAGUGAAUGUAUAUGUAUUGGUCUUACUGCCUUUAUAACCAUGCUAAUGUUUAUGCUUUAUACAUAAUCAAACUUGCCUUAGAAAAUACAUUCUUCAGGAAUUCUAGCUGUUUCAUGCAAUACCAAAAAUAAGUGCAUUGACUGAGAUUUGUAAACCCAGAUUCCUCUGCCACAGCUAUGGUGAUACAUGAUUUUCUAUUUUUCUCUCCUUUUUGGGGGGAAACACGUUGAAAUUAGUUUUUCUCAUCUUGCUGAAAGGAUGAUAUUGGUAGGUGUUUGUUUUUCAUUUCAAAUGUUGUGAUUGGAUUUUAUUUACUAUAAGAAGGAGGUAAAAAUGACACUUUUAAAUUGGAAAGAGGGUGUUUAAAUGUCAAUUGUAGGUCAAAAGUAGUGGAUUAUUCUACUUUAUAGAAAGUGUUCUUAGAAAGUUUAUCCUGAAAUUUCUGGACCAUUCUUUCUCGAUAAACUUGUAUGCAAAGCACAUUUUGUGAACAUUUUUUAAAUGUUGCUGCUGCUGUGUUACCAUUUAAAAGAAAGUUCCCAAGAUGUCCUUUUAAGGAGGAAAUUAUUGUUUAAAAAAAAAUUGCUGAAAUGUUGUUUUGCCAUUAAAAAACAAAACAAAACAAAAAACUCAGGAUGCUACCACUCUGCCAUUAAAAUAUUUGUAUGCAUGUAUUUUUUUUUAAAGUUUGUGCAUGCACUUUACAGAGUAAAUUCUAUUUCAGUUUUCAGGUAACUUAUAACCGGUUACUUUUUAGUGUUCUUUUAGAGUUCAAAGAAUUAUCAGUGAUUGAAAAAAUCAAUAUGUAGUUAAAGUCUGUAUGUACUCAGACAUUUAAAAGAGUCUUUGCAUUUGACAAUAAGAAUCAAAAUCCCUUCAGAGUGCCUUUGUCAGCUAAUACAUGACCAGCAAGGAGAACUUUGGAAGUGUUUAUUAAAUAUUAUCCUAUGGACAUAGGCAAAAUAAUACAGGCUUUGUAAUUUGGGAUCUUGAUCCUAAAUUGUCAAAUCCCCCUACACCAGAAAUAAGGGACAGAAAAGCAACCAUUUACCCAUAUUCUUAAAUCACUUCAAAGAUGCAUAAACUGAGCUCAGCUGCUUUUCUUUACACAGCCUUCAUAGCCGGGCCUCUCCUGCAGCCAGAUGUCCCAGUUCUGUCCCUGCUCACUCCUCUUUUAAAAUAGGAAUUCAUAUUUCCUGAAAGUUUGAUUUGGUAACCCUCUACAACUUUAGGAUAUUUUGUUUAGAUUUCUUCCCUGAUAGGGGCAUCACUGGAGCCUUUACCUGUGGGAAAGGAAGAAGUUGAAAAGUUGCAAGUGGAAUAGAAGACAGGCUUGGUUGAGUUCAUAAUAUUGUUCAUGGGGUUUUCCCUGGCAGUGGAAAAACUCAGGCUAGUAAGCCUUUCUCUGUGUAAGUCCUAGAAGGCAAUUUGAAAUAAUUUAUUCUUACCCAAUUUCUACAUGUUCUUUUUCUUACCAAGCCUAAUAUAAUUGAGGAAAUGUCUGGUAGGUACAAGCAAAACAUUCUUUGGAUCAUGUUCAAAGCCUUAUUAACAUUAUACCUAAAGUGAUAGGCCAUUUUGCCUCAUUUACUUGCCAAAAUAACCAUUUCUUUUUUUUUUUUUUUUAAAGAUUUUAUUUAUUUAUUUGACAGAGAGAGAUCACAAGUAGGCAGAGAGACAGGCAGAGAGAGAGAGGAGGAGGAAGCAGGCUUCCUGCUGAGCAGAGAGCCCGAUGCGGGACUCGAUCCCAGGACGCUGAGAUCAUGACCUGAGCCGAAGGCAGCGGCUUAACUCACUGAGCCACCCAGGCGUCCCCAAAAUAACCAUUUCUAAGUUAAGGAAGUUUUGAGGUAGGCUUGUAGCAUUCUUGUAUUUCGUUUUAGAUUGUAAGCUUGAUGGCAAUGACACUAUGUUGUUAAUUAUGUUUUUACAUAGCAACCAUUGCAGUAUACUCUUGGUGCUUAAUAAAUAUUCAUAAUUGUUAAGAAUAA